ACUGAACUUAGAAGAAAUGCCAAAAGAUGAUCAUAAUUGUGAAGAAACAAAAUUUACACCUUCAUCAAUAAUCUUUUUAAAAUCUUUUGAAAUUACUAUUAUAGUGAAAAAUCUAAAACCAAUAAAAGAAAAUACAAGAAGACUUAAAAAAUCAUCAUUCGAAAACAUUUUCAGGAAAGCAAUGUGA